UUCACCAUGACUUCCCCUUGGCUCUUGCUGGAGAAGGAUGUAUUCACCCCCCUGAAUGAGAGACUCUUGGAAAUUGUCCACAUCUGGAAAACCGGAAAGAAAAGGAAGGGCUCUGUUCUUUGUGUAGUUGUUGCUAAUUAUAGGCCAAUCCAGCUGUUCCUUGUGAAGGUGAAGGCAGAUCGGGGUGAACAGUACAAGAUAACCAACAGGUGGCUCUUAAAGUAUCUGAAGCUGGUAGAUGGAAAGACAGUCAAUCAGGAAACUCUGGAUUUUGAGCUGCAGUUUGAUAAGGUUUACAAGUGGACAGCUGGCAGCUGUGAGGAGAAGAAUGCCUUUAUCAGAUGCUUGUGGAAGCUGAACCACCGAUACCUCUCCGGCACUAUCUCAUUUGUCAAUGUCCCCUCCUGUACAAUGGAAGGAAAACAAGGUCCCCAAGAGAAUGCAAAGGCAAGUGCAGAAGCAGAGAUCCAGGAAGAGCACUGUGUGUACCAAGAGAUGACGCCAAAGGAAACAGCUGACAUGCUAAAACUGAUGGAAGAGUAUGAGCCAAUUGUGAACAAUGCUGCAGCAUUUGCAGAGCAGCUCAGCAGUGAUCUUCAAGUGCUGGAUGAGACCAACCUCCGGGCCAUCAUCUCAUCCGAGAGGCAGGUCAUGCUGCUGAUGAAUUCCAUUGAUGAGGCCCUGGUAGAGGUUGCCAAAGUGGAGGAGACCUUGCAGAUACAUGACAAACUGCUAGGGAGUCUGAAGCAGCAGAUGGAUCACAUCCAGCAGGAGAACUUCUUGUUGCACAGGAUUGAGUCCAACCAGGAGAAGCUGAUGGGCGAGAUCCUCUUCCUCACAAGUAACCUGGACCUUAAUGAGGAGCACUGCCAGGUCCUGCGCCAGGGGGACCUCUCUAGCCCCAGAAAAGUCAAGGCUUGCAUUGAGGCAGUGGAAGCAUUGUCCAGCUGCAUGAAUGUUCAGAUACAGCCUGGUUACCGGAAGCUGCAAGCUGUAGCUGAGCAGUUGAUCAUGUUUGAAACACUGAAGCAGAACUUUGAAAACAGUUUCAUCAGCCAUAUUACUAGCAUCUUUGAACAGCAGGGAAAUACACAAGUUCCACCUGUAAUGCAGCAGACCAACAAGCUAAUUUCACCUACACAUGAGUCUUACCAUGAUGAACUGUUACCUUAUGUCCCUCUCAUGACCUGGCUGAAGAAUACUAACCCCAUGUUGUUUAGUGAUCUACCAAAGGUCUAUGCACGGAGUCUCUGCAGACUAUAUGAGAGAGAAAUCAAAAACUUUUUUGAGAUGGCCAGAGUGCUGCUGUUGGGAAGACCAAAAGACAGUUUGCAAGAAUGUUUAGACAAGACUGGCUUCAUGGCCUACGGGAACAGACGGCAGUCACAAUUUGGUCUCCCUGAGAACAGAAAUGAGGAAGAUGAUGAUCUGGACAAAGGAAACCUUGUCAAACAGAUGUUGCAGCAGGUGUUGAGAGGGCUUCCACCCCUGUGUACCUCAGAACAGAGGUUUAUUGAGAAGUUCUUUGUGCUGAGCCAGGAUGCUAUAAGACAAGAAGUUCUAGAGCCACCUGCCACAAGCGAGACAGAAGAGGAUGCAGCUUUUCCGGAGGAAUCGCCUUGUGCCAAGAUUAAGAGCCAACUAGAAGAACCUUCUGCACAGCUGCUGACUGAGAUUUUCAAUUCUUUGGAGCCAGAGCUGAGAAGUUUUAUAGAUACCUUCAAUAAAGUCCAUGAGUUUAGCUGCCUGCAAGUCCUGGUUACCUUGAAUGACUACAUGUUGGAGAUACAGGGCUCUUCCUCAGCUUUGUCCUCCUCCUUCCUCAACACUGUCCUCAGCAACAUGCUGCUCCUAGCCAAGAACAACUUCAACAAGUGCAUUUAUGCUCUGUGCAAAGAAAUUGAGGAAGCAAAGUUGCCCAGCAAGAUGAAGGGUGGGAUCCUACCAUUUGUGAGCCGCUUUGAGGAAUACGUGAAUUUCUCUGAGGAGGCUUUUAAGUGGGCCCAGCAGACAGGAGAGUUGGAGAAAGCCCACAUGAGACUGGUGGAUACAGUCUUCAACAGCAUCAAUAAUCUGUCUUCAGUGAACUUGAAAGUCAAUACAGAUAUGGUCAUAAUGGAGAACUUCCAUCACAUGCACCGCUUUCUGUUGCAAAAGAAGAUCUGCUGUUUGGAAAGCAAACAGAGGGAAGCCAAGGAAAUGUACAGCAAGCACCUGGUUUUGUAUGUCACCCAGUGCCUGGGACAGCCACUAGAAAAGCUCAAGCAUUUCUUUGAAGGAGUGAAAACCCGUGUGGCUCAGGGAGUGAAAGAAGAGGAGGUCAGCUUUCACCUGGCAUACAGUAAGCAAGAGCUGCGGAAGGUAAUAGAGAAGUACCCAGGCAAGGAAGUGAAGAGAGCUCUUGAAACCCUCUACAAGAAAAUUGUCAAAUCUCUCUCCCCAGAGGAAAAUCUAUUGCCGGUUGUCUGGCAAGCCAUGGAGCAGAAGUUCAUAUGUCAGUACCAGGAGUUUGAGGACCUGAUCCAACGCUGUUAUGCAGGGUCAGGGAUCACCAUGGACUUUACCGUGGAGGACUUGCUGAGCUACUUCAACUCCAUCACCCAGUUCAAAAUGUAAGAACAGUCUUCCUCUGGACAUGUGUCUGGUGAAAGCUGCUCCUGCUGCUGCCACUGUUCCUGUCAGCAGCCAUGUAGCCAAGAAGACGUAACUAAAAUAUGCAAAUUAACCACAUGCUGGGUGCAUCUACAUGAGAGGCUGACUGUGCAGCAGUGCAUCACAGCACAGACAGUGCUAAUAUGUUACUGUGCAGUAUUAUUAGGCUACUGAGCAGUAGCGUCACCUAAAAGACAUUCACUGGUGCUACUGUACAGUAACUCCAGAUACUGUGCAUUUAUUUAGUACUUGCUUUUACAAGUACUAAUCAAAUGCAUAGUAGCAUCUUGUGUAAAUGCGCUCACUGAUAUUUGACACAUGGUCUUUCACCCUGGACUUAACCAAAUAUGAGGGUCUACUGAAUUACUGGAAAAUAUAACCAAACUGGAGAUCUUUCACAGGUGUUGGUCUGAAAAUUGCCCUCCCCUAACAUAGGAAGUAUUGGGAUUCUAGCCAUAUCCUUUUGCUCAGGUGAUCUAUAUAGCCAGUAAUAUACCUGACCCCCUGUAUAGCUGUGAAUCUCAGUGUCAAUGGGAUCACCCCUUAUAGCACUGCUUUGUAAUGUCCUAUGAAAGUGAGCUGCCAAAGAGAUCAGUUAGAGAAACCUGUGUUCCCCAUAUAUUCUGAAUGCACACAGUGUUGGUUCCUUGGCAUUGAGCCCUACUAGAGAGCCAGGGGUUUCUCACUGCAGCAAUGCUAAGCUAAAGUAAAAAGCAUAACCUCCCAGCAUAAAAACUAGAGAUCAGAGCAGAAUUUAAACUCCAGAUCUGGCUUUCAACAACUCCAAAAUCCCAAGGCAUCUUGAUCUAGGGUUUUAAUAAAGUCCAGGAGAAAGAUGAGAAUAAUUUGCAAAAUGAGGAUUUGAAUCUGGGAUUGGACUUCAAAGAAACUAAAGUUUGUGAGUGUUUGUAUUUGAGGUUUUGGUUUUGGUUCAUUUGUACAAAAACCAAAGUUUGUUCCCUUGUGUUUGUUCCUUGGGUAAGGUAUUUAUUUAGAGUCCAUAGCAGGACUGUGCUGUCAUGCUCUCCAUGAUGUAAUUGAAAUGAGCUAUUUCUGUUCACUAAUAUGAUUUCCAUGGACUUGACCUCCAGCCAAGUAGCAGCUCUCCAUUGGAAUGACACUUGUUUCUUAGUUCAGCUGUACUGAAGCAAUGGAUCUAUGUAUCUGGAUGACUUGAUGCAAUGCAUAGGAUUCCCACUAUAUCUGUAUUAAUUCUGUUAGUCAUCUGAAAUAUUACUUAAUCUGUCAGUUAUGCUGCACAGAAAAUUUAAAAUUAGAGUUAUUUUACAUACCAUCAUUGCUGUUAAUAUUCCAGAAAUUAUAUCAUUGAAUGGGUUCAUGACAGAGCAGACUAUUAUCCAUAGACACCCCGGACAGUUUCCCAGGGAACUUCCCACUCUUGUUUAACUCAGCCUGUUUCCUUAUUGAGAAGCCCACAGCAGCAUUCAAAAGUAAUAAAAUGUUUUCACUGUUGACUGCA